AUGAUCCAGCCAGACCCCCAUUCCCAAGGCUUCAGCCGGCAGGUUGGCGCCCCCCACCCCCCGCGCCCCCGCCCCCAGCCCCUCCCCUCUGGCUCCCGGAGCGUCGGACCUCAGGAAUCCUGUAACGGUUCUAACCGCUGGGAGCGCAAAGAGCUGCGGGCCGUCGCCAGGCUCUACAACCAGUGCCGCCUCCUUGUUGAGUGGUUCUCUGAACAGACCUUCCUGUGGCUGUCAGGCCCCUUGUCUUGCCCUUCUGCACUGGGCCUUACAGGUGAAGCCCAGGAACCAGGAGCCUGGAACUGGCAGUUGGAGCCUGAGCAGUGGGCAAGCUCAGUUCGACAGCAGUUGAAUGCCCAGCUUCUCUUGAAAUCAGAAAGGGGGGUAGGCUUGUCUCCUGAAGAGCCAUCAUCUGAAGCCCUUGAAUCUCGGCACUCCAUAUGUGUCCUACACAAAGAAGAGCAGCCCUGGGCCUCACCAGGGAAACAGAGGCAGUUCCCGGAGGCAGAGUGGCCAACGGUGCUGGUGGAGCUCCUGGUAGCUGAGCUCCAGACUCUGUUCUCAGCUGUCCUGCAGGACUGCAGCUCCGCUGCUUGGCACUAUCUGCAUGCGGUGCUGGGCCUGCUGCCUCCAUAUCGUGUGCUGUUUGCUGGCCAGCUUGGUUUGUUGCCUUUGCUGGAGCAGCUGUACCGCUGGGCACCCUGGGUCCAAUCUCAGCUUCAGCUCGACUUGCUAGAUGCAGUAGACCAGGCCUUUCCCCCAGACAGCACUUUGUUAGAGAGUGCCUCCCACAUGGACUGCUGUCCCCAGAAGCAGAGACUCCACCAUGGACCCCCGCGCCCAGCCUGCCCUUUUCUGCAGGCCCAAAGGGGUGGGCAGCAAGCAGAGGAGGAGCUGGCCACAUGGCUGCGACCCUUGACGCUGCCUGAGCUACAGCGUAGCCUAGGUAUCGUUGGUGCUGAGGUGGCUCUGGAAGAGGCCUGUUGGCUAGAUGGCCUUAACCUCCUGCCCUUGGCACUAGCCACAGACAUCUCUGUACAGCACGAGAGCAGUGACACUGGCAAUGCUGAGGAGGAGCCUGUUGGAAGCAGAGAGACUAGGUCUCAGCUUGACUCUGAUGUUCCUGGGGAGAAGACUUUCCAAAAGAGAAGCACUGGCUCCUUACCUCAGACUUCCCUCCUGGGUAGCCAGGUGAUGACCAUCCUGAAGACAGAGAAAUAUCUGAAGAAGAUCCACUUCCUGUAUCUCAAUGUGGCUCCCAGCCGGUACUUCAGGCCCUACAGUCUGGUGCUAGUGCCACCAAACAAGGUGAAUCCUGAGUACUACAUCUUCUCUCCGUUUGGAGUCCUGCAUGUACAUCCUGUGGAGGGCAGUGAGACAAUGACACUGGGCACCUGGCACCGCCACUCUGUCCUCUGGGAACAGCUCCAGGUCAUUCCAUUCUUCAAGUAUUGCCUCUUACGCAAGGCUUUCACCUGUUGGCAGAAGAGUGUGAAGCUGCAGGUGCUGCUUCGGUGCCGGGCUUUCCUAGGGAAACAUCUACUCUUUGCUGUGCCGCACUUUGGAGCUGGACUGCUCCAUAUUAGCAGGCUUCUGCAGGAGCUGCAUUGUGUGUGCUGGCUCCCCCAGGAGCCAGAUCAGAGCUACGGGCUGCUGGACCUGCAGCGGGCUCUUGCCAGGGAGAACCACAAGGCUCUGCGGCUGCUGCAUCGCUGCCUGCGCCUCUGCACAUCCACCCUGCAGCUGAUUCACGAGGAUACAUAUCACAUGCAACAGGGCCUGCAGGAGCAAGUGAAAAACUGCAAGAGGAUCAGGACAAACCAAAGCUCUGUAUACCUUCAGAAGGUACAGUGCCGGCAGCUGGAGCGGAAGCUGAGGCAGGUGGAGGCCUGGUCGCUGCAGCUGGGGCUGCUGGCCCGCCUGGUAGGCUACAUGAUCUGCCAGAGCCUGGUGUCUAUCAUAGAGAAGGAGAUGACUUCUUUUGUGGCCAACAUUCUGCAAGCCCCAAGGCAAAAACCCUUUCUCUCAGCACAGCUGGUCUUUGACAGUUGUGGCCAGCUGACUCCAGAGCCCUGUAUUGAAAAUAUGAUCGAGAUUCUAACUGGAGGUCUACAGUCUGUCAAGGCUUCUGCCCUGAAGGUAAUGCAGUCUACAGACCUGAAGACCUCCUGGGAUUCCCUGUAUUCCGAAGAAGAAGAUGAAGAGGAGGACUCAAACACGGAAUUCAUGAUGCCCAAAUUCCAGGGCCAGCCCAGUGAUGCUGUGGGCAUCUUCUGUGGCCCAAAUAUUGGAUUGGUGUGGCCCUGGAAGUCUUGCACAAUUACCAAAGCCCUGGAGGUCCGUGGGCACCGUCUGCAGGGUCAGUUCUUGCCCCCCAAUUAUAAGCAGCUGCAAGAGGACCUGGACAACAACCCUCAAAUCCUGCAGGCACUGACGAUACAACAGACCCUGCUGCAGGGCACACUGAAGGAGGUGGAGGAAUUCUGCGGGAAACAUCACUGGCUGAUGGACAUUUACGAGUUCCUGCAAGCCUGGGGGCCUCAGAAGCUGGAGUCUAUGAGAGGCUGUCCCAUCAAGAGCUAUGUGAUGUUGGUGAGCCACCUGAAUGUUUGGCAGGCCUAUGUCUCCAAUACACCUGUCCAGGUGAUCACAAAAGGCAGGUUGCUCCUGCUGAGCGGUCAUAAAGUACAGGUAGAGAUGGAGUCCAAGCUGGCGAGCAUCAGGAAGGACAUUCUUGCUCAAGUGCAGAACGAGUUCUGGAGCCGCAGUCAGCAACUAAUAACAGAGCUCUCAGGUUUCAUGGAGGUCUUCCAAACCAUCAGCUCAGACUUUCACACCAUUGCACAGUGCUCCCAGAAGUUGAACGAGGCCAAUGAGCGGUACACCGAACUGGAAGAGCAAGUGGAAUACAUACGGUCACUCUAUGAACUCAUCCACAACCACUUCAGCCUCUUCAGUGCAGAGAAUGAGGCGCUGGACAUAUCGGUGAGAAGGCAGUUCCAAGAGUCCCCUCCCUCCCAGUCCCCUACCCCACACCCACAUCUACCUGACUGCCCUCUGCUUGCUUCACAGUUCCUGGAUGUGUGGGAGGCAUUUCAGUUUGAGAAAAGCCAGGCCUCAGAGCUCCUUCUCAGCAAGCAGCAUGCCAUUGUGCCCAAGCUGCAGCAGCUGAUGGCAGCAGCACUGACCGAGCUGGAAGGCUUGCUUGAGAAGGCCCUGUCUGGCCCUUUCAUGGACCCCACACAGGAGCAGAGGAGCACUGAGCACCAGCUCAUUGCUCUGGAGCAUCAGUUCCAGAGCACAGUCAGCCAUCUCAGUGAACUGCACCAUGCCUAUGCCACCUUCACUGGGGAUGAGAGUCCUGUGCCCAUGCCGGUCUGUGGGACCCGCCCUAUUGUGCAGCAGCAGCGCAUCUGGCACCUGUACCGAGCCAUCUCUGAAAACAUCAGUGAAUGGAAGUGCAUGGUUUUUGCCAAGUUCAGCCUGGCUAUGGCUCAGGAGAAGAUAGAUGGCUGGCUGACCGAGGCAGCCCAGAUGAGUGCAUCCCUGGGGCUGCACAGCCCAGUUCUGCAGUGCUGCAUGCGCGUGCUGGAGGAGUUUCGCAGCUACUUGCCAUUGCUCACCAAACUGGGCAGCCUGCAACUGCAGAGCCCCUAUUUCCAUGCCAUCCUGCGAGCCUUAGGGCUGGGCAGUCUAUACAACACAGAACUUCUAACGCUGGGCCAGCUGCUCAAUUGUCCCUUGGUGGAGUUUGCAGAUCAAAUGAACCAGAUCUGGCAGUGUGAAAAUGAACGAAUUCAUGCCCAAGAGACCCUACAGCAACUGCAGCAGGACUGGGAAGCACGCCAGCUGCGACUGCUCAACUUCAUUCUGCAUGUGCCCUAUGAACCCCCAGCCUUGGAGUGCUCGAAGAGGCAAAUUCUCCACAGCCCCCAGUGGGAGGUAGUGGACAAGGAUACUGGCACCUUCAUCCUUUCAGAUUACAGCAGCCUGCAGGAUUCUAUCCAGGAAAGUCUUCAGGUGUUGUUCAAGAUCCUAGCCGUUCAAAAGUCGGGAGACUUACACAAAAUAGCUUUGGAGUGGGUGACCAUCAUGCAUGGCCUGAGUGCCUUGCUGGAGGUGUGGGUGACUUUCCAGCAGAAGUGGAUUUUUCUGAAUAAAGUUCUGCAUGAGAUGAAGAUCCAGUUUUCUAGUUCUGACCUGGACUUCCGUUUUAAGGCCAUGGAUGAUCAGUAUCGGACCCUGAUGCGAAUCUCUGUAGCUGAUCCCCUGGUUCUGUCACUUAUAGUGCCCAGUGGCAAGCGGAGCCCUCACUUCCAAGGCCACCAGUUGCAACAACAGCUGCAUGCAGGCUCCAUGGAGUUGGAGGGUAUCAUCAUGGGUCUGGAGAGCGUGCUCUAUGGGGUGUGCGCUCACUUCCCCCGCCUCUUCUUCCUCAGUGACAGUGAGCUGGUGGCCCUGCUGGCUGCCCCACUGGAGUCAUGUGAGGCCCAGCUCUGGGCACGACGCUGCUUUCCUCAUGUGCAUGCUGUGAGCUUCAAGUCCAGCCCAACUGAUAAAAACAUGGGUGACCAGGAGUCAAGCCCAAGCUCACAGACUCAGGCAGAGGCGCUUGCAGUGCUAGGUGCAGGUGGGGAGGAGAUGAAGCUGCAGGGACCCCUUCCUCUGCAUCCUGAUCUCCCCAAGUGGCUGGCCUCUCUGGAGAAGGGUCUGCGUUUGUCCCUGGUGCACAUGCUGCAGGACUGUGUGACUGCCCGUCUUGCUCUGUGUCCAUCCCUAGACAAGGCCUUCAAGCAGCUGCCCCAGCAAAGCCAGUUGCCCCUGCAACUGUAUGUCCACCACUGGCUGGAUUUAGUCCAGGCCUUCCCAUGGCAGUGUGUGCUGGUGGCAGAGGAGGUGGUAUGGAGGGCUGAGAUGGAGGAGGCUCUGCUUGAGGGGAGGGCCCCGGCCAUGGUUGCCAUGCACGUGUGCAAGCUUGAGGUACUGGUACAUUUUGUACAGGCCCAGAGGGCCUCCCAGGGUGGGCAGCCUCUGCCCUCUGUUCGCCAGACCAGCCUGCUCAGUGCCCUGCUGGUCAUGGCGGUCACUCACCGGGAUACAGCACAGCUGCUACAGGAGCACCAGGUCAGUGAACUGACAGAUUUCCACUGGGCUCGCCAGCUCAAGUACCACCUGGGUUCACCCCACACCUUGCCCCAGAAUCCCCUGCAGAGUCUCAAGGCUGUUGCAUCUACUGAGACUUCUCCAUCACCAGCUGCAUGCUGGAUAGAAGUGCUGGGCAAGUCCUUCCUGUACAAUUAUGAAUACCUAGGUCCCAGAUUGGGGUCUCUACCCAACCUGCUACCUGAGCGGCCAGCCCUGGUACUAUUAUUGGCCCUGGAGGAGGUGGCCUGUGGGGUCCUACUGGGCCCCAGUGGUAUAGGCAAAACAGCCACAGUGAAGAGCCUGGCACAGGCCCUGGGACGCCAGCUGGUGGUGGUGUCCUGCUUGCCUCAGAUGGAGGCCCAAAGCCUGAGCAACUACCUGAAUGGGGCCCUACAGGGUGGUGCCUGGCUGCUGCUGGAGGCAGCUCAGCAUCUUCCACUCGGCUUGCUCUCUGCCCUGGGACAGCGCCUGGCCAAACUGCAGCACCUCUAUGCCCCACUGUACCAGAAGGCUUCCCAAAACAGCAGUACCAUUGACCCCACCCACCCCCAGCUGCUUGGCAGUGGCUUCUUUGAGAAACAUCACGUGGACAUGCGCCUCGGCUAUGGCUGUCUCCUGACCCUGCGUGCCCUGAGCCCUGCUGUGCCCGCCAACCUGCACCUGCUGCUACGGCCUGUGGCACUGGCACUGCCUGACCUGGAGCAAGUGGCAGAGCUGACCCUGCUGGGUGCAGGGAUACAGGAUGCCUGUCGUAUGGCUACCUGCCUAUCCAAAUUCUUCUCCCUAGAGUGUGAGCUGGUGUCUGGGCCACUUCCCUGCCGCUUGCCACUGCUCAAGCAGGUACUGGAAGACAUGAUACAGGAUCUAAAUGUGACCAAAAAGGAAGCCAGGUCCCAGCAGCCCCACAGCCUAGCUGCCAUUGAGGAGGCUGCCCUACUGCGUGCCCUGCUUCGCUCACCACUGUUUAGCAUCCCAGAUGGGGCCCACCUGCACAACCUUCAAGAGCUGCUCUGUGGGCUGUUCCCUAGUGCCAGGCAGGUGCUGGCAGAGCCCAAAACCUCCUACCUGAGCAAGCCGCUGCUGGUGAAGAAAUUGCGGCAGGUAGGCCUGCAGCCCAACUCUGACAUUUUGGGGUCCUUGGAGCAGCUGAGCCAGGCCCUGGGCCGGGCCUCGGGUGUUUUGCUCAUGGGCCCUGCAGGCAGUGGCAAGACCACUUGCUGGCGCAGCUUAUUCAAGAUCCAGAAUCAGCUGGCAGCCAUGGAGGACACCUCUACCCAGGGCUGCCAGCCUGUGGAAAUUACUCACCUGUAUCCCAGUGUCCUCAGCCCCCAGGAGUUCCUGGGCUGGCUAGAGGGCCCCUGCUGGCACCAUGGCAUCUUCCCCAAGCUGCUUCGUGCAGUCAGUUGGUGUAAGACGGUGGGCCCAGAGGGGCAGGUGCAUGGAUCGGUGGGGACCCAACACUGGAUAAUAUGUGACGGAGCCCCCGGUGCUGCUUGGCUGGACUCCAUCACUUGCCUCCUGGGUGAUCCCCCCCAGCUGAGCCUUCCCAAUGGGCAGCAAAUUGCACGCCCCCCCGGUACUUUCCUCAUGAUGGAGGUCGGAGAUGCAGCAGGCAUGUCCCCCACGGCGGUGGGCCACUGUGCCCUGGUCUGGUGUGGGGGUCAGCAGACUUGGCAGGCAGUGCUUAGAAGCCUGAUGACAGCCCUGCCCCGUGAGUACCACCUGCAGCAGCAGACAGUCACUGAGCUCAACCACCUGGCUGAAGUGCUGGUGCCUGCAGCCUUCGGGUUCCUCAGCCGCCAGGGGGCCAGCUCACUGCUUCAGGCACACGGGCAGCGGGCUGUUUGCCCAGGUGUGGCUGAAGUCACCAGCCUUGCCCGCAUCUUGCAUUGUCUGCUUGACACCCGCCUGCGCAUAGAGAAGGAGGAGAAGGCACAUGACCCAGAGGACCUCAACUGUAGUGAUUCCAUAGCCCAAAGCUUCAAGUCCUCAAAAAGGAGCUCUCUGAACCGGCCCCAGGUUAACAGCGACGAUGUGCCUAAUCAGCACAGGGAGCACUUGCAGGCUGUCAGCAGCUUCCUUUUUGCCUUGAUCUGGGGCUUUGGAGCCCACCUUCCCUCCAGGCUCUGGCCCCUCUUUGAUACCUUCUUGAGGGAUGCUAUUAGUUGCCUCUCCAACUACCCUGAGCCAUUACCCUCAGCCUUGGUGUUUGAUCUACAUGUAUGCCCUGAGGAAGGGACCCUGGUGCCCUUCACUGGCGAGUACCUGUGCAGCCGCAUCAAUGGGACUUCAGGCACCUUUAGCCCUUCUCCUCAGACCGAACGCCUCUUGUAUGUGGUGGACCUACUUCUGUCAGAGGGACACCCAGUGCUCCUGGCUGGAGAGGCAGCAACAGGGAAGUCAGCCUUCGUGGAGGUGCUAGUGGAGCCACAUCACCCUUACAUGUACAGCCCCAUCCAUCCUGCCUUCAGCACCUCCCACCUUCGCCUUCUGCUGAGCCGAGGGGUCCAGGGCCAAACACAAGCCAGCCCGUGGCCUGGGCGGCACCUGAAUUCUAAAGGCUCCCUCCUCUUCCUGCUGGAGGAUCUGCACCUGGCUUCUUCUGACCCAGAGAAGAGCUGUCAGCCAGUGCUGGAGACUCUGCGCCAGGCCAUGGAUGGCACCAUGUAUGCCCACAACACGCUGGAACUGCAGACUCUGCAGCCUGUAGUCAAUUUCCUUGCCACUGCCACAGUGCCAGGCUUCUGUGAGCGCCCACUGUGCCCACGCCUCUUUCGACUCUUCACAGUGCUGGCCCUGGGCAGCGUGACCCAGGCCAUGCUGCUGAGCAGGCACACGCCUAGCACCCAGGCCUGGCUUGAGCGCUUACCUUCUGUGGAGCGGGAGGAGGUUCUAGCGAGAGCCCUGGUCCAGGCCUCAGUGGAGGCCUGGGAGGUUGUGGGCAACUGCUUUAUGCCUUCACCCCUCCACCCACACUACCGCUUUUCCCUGCAUUCUGUGAGCCAACUACUGGGCACCCUGCAGCUACUGCCAACCAGAAUGGGCUCCCGAAGUUUUCUGGACUAUCCCAACCACAAGGAGCACUUGCGCCGGGUGUCAGGCUUGCAUGGCACCCACCUGACAAUUAUGAUGACCACGCGCAAUGUGGUGCGUCUUUGGUUGCAUGAGGCACAGCGAACUUUUUGUGACCGGUUAGACAGCCCUAGAGAACGCUUCUAUUGUGCCAAGCUGCUCCUAGAAGUAGCUCAGAGUGUCUUCUGCUCCAGGCCGCUGCCCCAGAACUUGGGCAAGGGUUAUGAGGAGGAGGGGGAGGAGGAGGAGAGGGUGCCUGAAGUGGAAUCUGAAGGGGAGUUGGCCCAGUGGGAGGACUUCAGUAACAGCGGCAGUGAGACAGAGGAGGAAGAGGGCCCCUUUGGCCUUCCAGGCACCACCGGCUCACCCCCUAGGAAUUUAGGUCUAGCCCCUUCCACAGCACCAGUAAAGCGGGAGACAGCAGAGAGCGUAAGAGAGAAGGUAACCCAGGAGGAAGGUACAAGGGCCUCCAGCUACAAGAGGUCCAAGAGCUGGGGGCAGAAAACAUCCCAGACGGACCUCGUCUCACCCCUGUUGUUACCAGGGCUACUACUCUGUCCCCAGGAAAAGCCCUCAGAUCUGGUCUUCAGUCAGGAGCUGUUACGAGGGUCCAACUCAGAGAACCCCAGCUUGUACCUGGAAAGGCAGUGGGAGAACCUGAUGGAGCAGCUGGCCUCCACAGCCGCUCAGCUGAAGCUGAGUCCCCACCUUGCCCAGUGUCACUUCAUGGCCCAACACGUGGCCCGCCUGGUCCGGGUCCUGGCCAGACCCUGCCAGCACGGCCUACUGCUCUCAAAGGGUCCAGGUACUGGGCGCCGUACUGCCAUCACUCUGGCAGCUGGUAUUUGUGAGGCCCGCCUCUUCCAUCUGCCAACUGGGUCCGAGGAGGCCAUCCUCCAGUGUCUGCGGGAUGCCUGCUGGCAUGCUGGCGUGUCAGGCCAGCCAGUGGCCCUGCUGGUGCCCAAAGGUGUGGCUCUUAUUACCCUUCAUCGUCUGCUGGCCUUGGCGACCUUGGGCAGUUUCCCUGGCCAGUACACAGAAGCAGAUCUGGAGAACAUUGAAGAACAUCUCCUCAGGGAGAACCUUAGUGUCAAGCAGAGCAUCAAGAAGGAAACACUGUUGCAGAGAUUUUACCAGCAAGUAUGCAGCCACCUGCACAUGUUCAUCCUGAUCGGAGACAGCCAAGCCCACAAACAGAUGCCUUCCACCCUUUUCCUGAGGCUUCUUCAAUUGGCCCUCGCUAGCAUUGACCAUUAUGAACCCUGGGACCAAGACUCCCUGGUCAGUGUGGUCCAGCACCACCUGGAGGGUGUUCAGAGUCUGCCUCUCGAUGACACCUUGAAGUGCCCAGACCUCCAAGCGUCAGUUCUCAAUGUGGCCAAAGCCAUGGCUCUCAUCCACCUUUCGGCUGCCAGCUACCAUGGGCACCUGUGCCCUGAAUUGCCACUCGUCACUCCCAAGACCUUCCUAGACUUCCUGGACACCUUUGUGCUGCUGCAGCAACAGAUGACUCUGCAGAUAAAGAACAAGGCCCAGCGGAUCCAGAAUGCCCUGGGGAAUCUGAGAAUGCUGAGUGAGCAGCACAAUGCCCACUCCAAACUGGUCCUCAACUUGGAACAGCAGCUGAAAGCCUCCCUCAGGACCCUCAGCACACUUCAGCAGCAGCUAGAGCAAGGCAAGCUCCUGUACAAGCAGCAGCUGGCAGAGUGUCGGAAGCAGGAGAACCUCAUUGAGAAACUGACCAAGCAGCGGGAUGCCCUGCGGGCUCAGUAUGAGGCUUUCCUGGAGCAGAUGGGCAAAGCAUUUCUGGGGCCCCUGAGCCAGCUUCAGAUGGCUGACUUUGAGGAGCUACGGAGCUACCGGGCACCACCAGAUUCUGUGGUCCAGGUGACCAAUGCCCUGUGUGACUUGUUCCACCGUGAAACAGGCUGGGCCAGUGCCAAGCAGCUGUUAUGCACUGAGGACUUUUAUCAGGACCUGGUAUUCUUCCACAAGGAGAGGAUGACGGACUCAGAGAUGCUGAGGUUAAACCUAGCUCUGCAGGCUCCAGGUAUGAGCGAUGCCACCUUGCGGGCAGUGAGCAUUCCUGCAGCAAGCCUGGCAGCCUGGCUCUGGGCCAUUCUGUACCACGGGGCAGCACAGCGCCGAGCACGGCCCACGGGCCUGCUGCUGCGGCAAGUAGAGGCCACGCUGGCUCGGGAGCAGGCCCGCCUGGGCCACCACCAGUUCCACACACAGGAGAUCCUAGAGCACAAUUUGACCCUGACCAAUAAGCUGGAAGAUGCACAGGCUUCCCAUAACCUGGUGGUAGAGGAUCUCAGCCAGGCUCAGUGUGGCCAGUACAACAAGUGGCCCAUGAAGGCUGCACUGCUCAUGCCCAUGCAUUCCUGGACUGCAGAGCUCCAGAACUUGAAAGUGCACUGUACGACUGUGUUUGGAGAUGCCAUCCUGUGUUCAGCUGCCAUCACCUACCUGGGUCCCUUCCCAGCACUGCGGCGCCAGGAGCUACUGGACAAGUGGCUGGCUCUGUGCAGGGGCUUUCAGGAGCCCCUGGGCCCAGAUGAUGUGGCAAGGGCACUGAGGCAGACGGAGAAAUCUGUCGCAGUGCUGCCCAAGAGCCCCCUGCUCUCCAUAUGCUCUCCCUUCAGCCUUCUGUCCUUGCUGAGCUCUGAAUCCGAACAGUUCCAGUGGGACCGAGACCUGAAGCCCCAGGCAAAGACAGCCCGCCUGGCAGGCCUGCUUCUGCGAAGUCGCAGCCACUACUUCAGCUGCCGUUGGCCUCUGCUGCUUGACCCGAACAACCAGGCCCUCAUCUGGCUGAACCCACUGCCUCUGGAAGACUCUAGAUACUUGGCCCCAGGGCCCACCGAGGGCAGAGGGAAAGGCUUCAACCCUUCACAGAGAAAUCAAGAAAAAGAGUGUACAGAGGACACAGAAGAGGAAGAGGAUGAUUGUGACAAGCGUGACAAGGCCAAGGACAAGACACCAGAGCAGAAGACAGAGGAAAGGGCAAAUGAGGAGGAAGAGAAGGAAGAGGGACAAGAGAAAGAGGAGGAAGAGGAGACAGAGGGUCAGGAGUCACGGCCAGCCUCUGAGACUCAGCACCCACCCCUUCCCUACCUUACUGUGCUCUCAGGCACUGACCCAGAGCUGGGUCCUCAGCUCCAGGAGGCAGCAGCCAGGGGCCUGCCUGUGCUACUGACCAACAUGGAGCUGGGCCUGGAGUGCCAAGAACUGCAAUGGCUACUGCAGCGGGAGCAGCUGAGCCCACCCCGGGUGCAGCCUGGCUUCUGUCUCUAUCUGAGCACGACCCUCCCACUCAGCGCCUUGGAGAAAGUACUAGGCUGUGAACUCCUGAAGGGGCUGAAUGUGCUGGAUCUGGGCCUGAACAUGGAAAUCCUAGAAGAGCAGAUGCUGCAUGAAAUUUUGCAAAUAGAGCGCCCUGAUCUGGAGAGCCGCUGGCAGGAUCUAAAGAUCAGAGCCCUGGACAUACGUGAGGCUGUGGAAGCUGCUGAGGGGCAGCUGCUGCUGCUGCUCCAGAAUCCAAAGCAUCAGAAACCAGCCAGGUUCCUGCAGGACAUGGUGAGGGCCCAGGCAGAGCUAUGUCAGCUGCGUGCCAACUUCAAGGAGCUAGAAGACCUGAGGCUGCAGGAGGUGGCACUGUGGGCACCCUAUCAGCAUGUGGUCUGGCAUGGAAUGACCAUUAUAAAGGCCCUUAGCUCACUACAGAACCUGCUGCCACUCUUCCGUAUGAGCCCAGAGAGCUUGCUGGCAGCCACCAAGGAGGCCCUGAACAGUAUGAAGCAAUGCGAGAGUCAUCACGGGGAGGACCUGCCCAGCCAUCUGCUGCAGCUGAGAGCACAGCUGACUCGUCAGCUGCUGAGCAGCACUGUGGCUGCCCUGGGCCCCACCCAAGUGCCCUUGGUGGGUGCCUUGGGUGCUUUGGCUCUGCUACAAGUGGCAGGGAAGGCACCAAACCUGGAGAGAUUUGCACUCUGGCCGGGACUGGCAGCCUCUCCCAGCACAGGCUGUAGACAGCCAGUCCCAGGUGUGGCUCGACCAUCCUGGCUGGGGCUGAGAGCCUGGCACGAAUGUGGGGUGUUAGAGCUGCUGCCCCCAUUUGCUGGGUUGCGUGCGUCCCUGGCAGGCCACUCCGAUGUUUGGCAGGGUUACCUGUCACUGUCAUCCACAGUGCUGGGUCCUGCACCUGGCCCUGGACCUGAGCCACUCAGCCUUCUCCAGAAGUUGAUCCUGUGGCGGGUUCUGCGACCUGAGGGCUUGGCAGGUGCCCUGGCAGACUUCACCACCAGCCUCCUGGGGCGGCCCCUGGAUGAAAAUCUGAGCACCUCCAACAUACCCUUUGAACACAGUCAGGCUACUCGGCCCAUGCUGAUCUUAUUGCCACCCCCUGGCCACCCAACAGCCACCCUGCAUCCGCUGACUGUCAUCCAGAAACUGGCUGCCAUGCAUGGGCAGGGGCAGAGGCAUCUGGAGGUGAUAGCCCUGGGCUCUGAGGCCUGGGACCCAGUCUCGGCUGUGGUCAGUAUUCUAGGCCAAGCUAUGCAGAAAGGGCACUGGCUAGUGUUGGAGAACUGUCAUCUGAUGCCUCACUGGCCACGUGAGCUGCUACAGCCCUUGCUGGUGCUGUUGGACAGAGCCAAGGUGGCUUCAGACCUGGAGUUAGAACUGCUUUUAGUGCAAUCUUCAAGCAGCAAUGUGACUACUGUCCACAGAGAUUUCCGUCUUUGGCUUAUUGUGUCUGCAGAAGCUAUUGCUUCCUUACCAGCUGUGCUGACUCAGCACUCCAUGCCUGUUUUCUGGGACCAGUCCCUGGAUCUGAGCCACGUCUUGAUCGACAGUGUGGAGCUAGCCCAGCAAGGAGUCUAUGUGCAAUCCCCAGCCAGGGCCUUGCCUCUGCUCCUCCUCCAUGGCCUCCUGCUGCACCGGCAGCUCUAUGGAAUGAAGCUGCAGGCACACAGGGGGUGCUGGAGUCAAGUGACCCUGACCCUGGUCCUUCAGAUCCAAGAGCAGCUGUGGUCCAGCCUUAGCAAUCCCAGGGCUGCCAUGCAGGAGCUGGCCGCUUCAGUUUUCUAUGGGGGUCCUGUGGGAGACGACAAGGACAGAGAGGCCCUGAUUAGCCUCACACAAGCCUGCCUGAGCCCCAGCAGCCAGAGCUGGGCCCAACCACACACACCCCAGCAUCUGCUAGCCACUCUGAUGUCCAGGUCAGAGCUAGGGCAGCUGGAUGCUAUGGCAGAAUGCAAGGCCCAGAUGCGCCUACUGGCCACGCCACCUGAACCCCAGAUCUGCGGGCUGAGUGCUGGCCCCCAGGCCUGGCUGUUGCGACGCCAGAGUCGCGCUCUCUCGAGAGCGCUGCGGCAGAGUUCAUCCACUUGGGUUCCUGCUGCUCGCGGAGGCUGUCAGCGAACCGAAAGGAGGCUGCGGCAACGCCUAGUGCAAGCCAAGCGGAGACUGGAGUCGUUGCAGGCUCUGCUGACGGAGACCGCGCGCCAAGCUGAGCCUGGCGUCGAGAGGCAGCUGGUGCUGAACGCGCAGCGACCUCUGGAGGGCUUCCUCCGGACGGAGGUGCUGGAACUGAGACAGCUGGCGGGCACGCUGCAACAGGAUCUUGACUGCCUGUUGCAGCAGUUGAAGGGCGCACCCCCGUGCGCCUCUCCGCGCUGUACCUUGGUGGCCCACGCUCUCUGGACUGGCCGCCUGCCCCCGCCUUGGCGACCCCAUGCGCCUGCCGGGUCUCAGCCGCCCUGGCACUGGUUGCGACAGCUGUCGCGCCGUGGGCAGCUGUUGGUUCGCUACCUGGGCGUGGGCACCGAAGUGCCAGAGCGCAUCUUUCACCUAUCAGCCUUCUGCCACCCGCGCCGCCUUCUACUGUCACUGCGUUGGGAGGCUGCCUUUUCAGUGGUCGCCCCGAGCCAGGACGGGCCUUGCUCGAAUCCCCCUGGUUGCCAAGGCUCUAACUCCAAUCAGCUCCCUCCUAAACGUCAGGAGCUGAACAGCAACCCUCUGCAUCUCCAGGUGAUGAACGGCCCAAACCCCAAGGUUCCAGAGAUGGGGCUGCUGCUGAUUGGGCUACAGCUCCGGAACGCCGCGUGGGACCCGCUAGCAGGGGCCUUGCAGGACAGUACCUCCAGCCAGCCCAGCCCUCUGCCUCCAGUCAGCAUCAGCGCCGGCGUCCAGGCCCCGUGUGCCAAUGACCUACCACCCCCGGCUGGCCUGUCUGUGUACUCCUGUCCUGUGUACAUGGAAGGGCCCCUCGGCACCACCAGGCUCCAGAGCAGGAACAUCCUAAUGCACCUGCUGCUGCCCACAAAGCUCAGUCCUGCUAUCUGUGCCCAGCGGAGAGUUCAUGUGUGCAGCCCACCCCUGCCCUGAGCCCCCAACAGAAUAAAGUUGGAGUGAUUGGAUCAAAGAUUUCCAAGACUUAGGAGUGUAUGGUGUGUGCACACCAAAAGUAUAAUACACUGAGGGGAAGCACAGUGCACACGACUGAGUAGAGGGGAGGUGUGCUCACACUUAAAGUAGAAGAGUCUGUGUGCUCUGGCAAGUGGGGAGUGCACCUGGGUACACCGUGGGGAGAUGGGCCUGGUGUUAGUCAUGGACCCAAGGGGUUAGGCAGAUCCAGGGUUGGCGAACACACAGGAUCCCAAAUCUUUGCCCGCCGUCUACUGUGGUCUCAGUACUUGCGUAAAUCCACAAGGGAUACUUUUAAAGGGAGAAGUUAGACUUCAAAAUGGUUUCUUACAGCAUUUAGUGGUAUUAUUGGGAA